CUGCGGGAAGGAAACAUCGCAGCUCUUCAACACACCGGUCACCGUGGCCACGUGCUCGGGCUCGGCACCGCUCUUCCUGGGACACAUAGCCUCUCGCGAUGGCUGACCUGAACCAGGACUCGGAAGUAGUUAGUUUGAAGUUUGAGCCUCAUGAUGAGGCUUGGAUCUGUGGGGUCCGCAUAGAGGCAUCAGGUCCUCACAAGGAAGUGGUUUGCCAGGAAUUGGUCCCAACAAGUGAGGAUCGACCAAGUACACUCGUUCUCUCUCUCUCUCUCUCUCUCUCACACACACACACACACACACACACACACUCUCUCUCUCUCUCUUUCUCUCUCUCUCUCUCACACACACACUCUCUCACACACACACUCUCUCUCGCUCUCUCUCUCACACACACACUCUCUCUCACACACACUAUCUCUCGCUCUCACACACACACUCUCUCACACACACACACACUCUCUUUCUCUCACACACUCACACACACACACUCUCUCACACACACACUCUCUUUCUCUCACACACUCUCACACACACUCUCUCUCUUUCUCUCUCUCUCACACACACUCUCUCUCUUUCUCUCUCUCUCACACACACUCUCUUUUUCUCUCGAACACUCUCUUUCUCUCACACACUCUUUUUCUCUCACACACUCUCUUUCUCUCACACACUCUCACACUCUCUCUUUCUCUCGCACACUCUCUUUCUCUCACACACACUCUCACACACACUCUCUCUCUUUCUCUCUCUCACACACACACUCGCUCUCACAAACACACUGUCUUUCUUUCACACGCACUUUCUCUCUCUCUCUCACUGUCUUUCACGCACACACACUCUCUCUCUUUCUCUCUCUCACCCACACUCUCACACACUCUCUCUCUCUCUUCACCUGCGAACCUCUUGUCCCGACCCUCUCGGUCUCGCGCUCGGGGCCAGUGCAGCACAAGCCUCUUCUUUGAUCCAGUUGUGUCUUGGGGAGAGACGGAAACCAAAGACCGCAGCCAGCCGAAGCGUCAACACACGCUCCGUCGCCAUAGUAACAGCGGGAGGCGGGGGCAGAGCAGGCGCAGUUGCCAAGUCCGCUUAUUAUCAGCGACUUUGGGACAUCGUAAAACGUUCUUGGGCUCGUCUCUAAAUUGUACUUGCGUCUUUGGGCUUGUCCCCAGCUCAAGUUGUCAGGCAGAAAUCUUCGACAUGUCAUUUAAACGUCAGGUAGUUUGUCCUUUUCCCCUCCCACACCCUGCUUCUCAUUGGCUCUGGCAGCGACCAGUAGCCAAUCAGAGUUUUUUUUUACCGCUGCUUACAAGGCGGGAAGUUUUUUGAUGAAUGAAGCUUCAGGGAAAUCCUUGGAAUCUUAAGCUGAAGUAUAGUUUGAGAGUCAGCAGAAGGGGAGGUCUGACGUUGUGUUUCGGGGGGAAAUGUGUCACUGAAGACAAGCAGCAAGAUGGUUUCCUGUCCUGCAGAAACCAGAUGCUAUCGUCACCGAGCGCCUCUGCCCUGCAAGCCAUGUGUCUUCACCCAACUGUGGAAAGAAACACAGUCAAUCUCUGUAGAAUAUCGGCUCCCAGCCUGCGGUACACCAAGGAUCAUCCUCAUUCAAAUCCAUCACCGCUGCAGGCAGGAUGCGCUGCAGCCCGGUCACCACAGGUCCAGACCUUCAUUUGAGGAUGAAGACGCCAAAACAACUAGGCGGAUCAGAGGUGUAGCCAAAACAGAGUCCUAAGUUCGACUGAAGAGCGACGGCACCAUGGCGUCCACGGCGGCAGGAAAACAGCGGAUACCGAAGGUGGCGAAGGUGAAGAACAAAGCUCCGGCGGAGGUGCAGAUCACAGCUGAGCAGCUGUUGAGAGAAGCCAAGGAGCGAGAGUUGGAGCUUCUGCCACCACCGCCCAAGCAGAAGAUCACAGACAAGGAAGAGCUCAACGACUACAAACUGAGGAAGAGGAAGAGCUUUGAAGACAACAUCAGGAAGAACCGCACCGUCAUCAGCAACUGGAUCAAAUACGCACAAUGGGAGGAGAGUCUGCAGGAGGUGCAGAGAGCCCGAUCCAUCUACGAGCGGGCGCUCGACGUCGACCACCGCAACCCCACCCUGUGGCUCAAGUACGCCGAGAUGGAGAUGAAGACCCGGCAGGUCAACCACGCCCGCAACAUCUGGGACCGAGCCAUCACCAUCCUACCCAGAGUCAACCAGUUCUGGUACAAGUACACCUACAUGGAAGAGAUGCUGGGGAACCCUGCGGGCUGCCGGCAGGUGUUCGAGCGCUGGAUGGAGUGGGAGCCCGAGGAGCAGGCCUGGCACUCCUACAUCAACUUCGAGCUGCGCUACAAAGAAGUGGACAAGGCCCGGAGCAUCUAUGAGAGAUUCGUCAUGGUCCAUCCUGAGGUCAAGAACUGGAUCAAGUAUGCUCGCUUCGAAGAGAAGCACGGCUACAUCGCUCUGAGCAGGAAGGUGUACGAGCGAGCCGUGGAGUUCUUCGGAGAAGACCAUGUAAACGAGAACCUCUUCGUGGCCUUUGCCAGGUUUGAGGAGGUUCAGAAGGAGUUUGAGCGUGUGCGGGUCAUCUACAAGUACGCACUGGACCGAAUCCCCAAAAACGAGGCGCAGGAGCUGUUCAAGAACUACACCAUGUUUGAGAAGAAGUUUGGAGACCGGCGCGGAAUCGAGGACGUCAUCGUCAGCAAGCGCCGCUUCCAGUACGAGGAGGAGGUCAAGGCCAAUCCCCACAACUAUGACGCCUGGUUCGACUACCUGCGGCUGGUGGAGAGCGACGCCGAGCCCGACACGGCCAGAGAGGUGUACGAGCGUGCCAUCGCCAACAUCCCACCCAUACAGGAGAAGAGGCACUGGCGGCGCUACAUCUACCUGUGGAUCAACUACGCGCUCUACGAGGAGCUGGAAGUCAAGGACGCCGACAGAACCAGGCAGGUGUACCAGGCCUGUUUGGACCUGAUCCCUCACAAGAAGUUCACGUUUGCGAAGAUCUGGCUGAUGUUCAGUCAGUUUGAGAUCCGGCAGAAGAACCUGCAGGCCGCACGGAAGAUCAUGGGCACAGCUAUUGGCAAAUGUCCCAAGAACAAGCUGCUGAAGGGCUACAUCGAGCUGGAGCUGCAGCUCCGCGAGUUCGACCGCUGCAGGAAGCUGUAUGAGAAGUACCUGGAGUUCAGUCCCGAGAACUGCACCACCUGGAUCAAGUUCGCAGAGCUGGAGAGCAUUCUGGGCGACGUGGAGCGCGCCCGCGCCAUCUUCGAGCUCGCCAUCGGACAGCCGCGCCUGGACAUGCCCGAGGUGCUGUGGAAGUCCUACAUUGACUUUGAGAUCGAGCAGGAAGAGUUUGAGCACACGCGCAACCUCUACAAACGUCUGCUGCAGCGCACCCAACAUGUCAAGGUCUGGAUCAGCUACGCCAAGUUCGAGCUCUCCAUCGAGGGGCCGGAGCGGCUACAGAGGUGCCGGCAGAUCUACGAGGAGGCCAACAAGAGCAUGAGGAGCUGCGAGGAGAAGGAGGAGCGGCUGAUGCUGCUGGAGGCCUGGAGGAACCACGAGGCCCAGUUUGGCUCCGACAGCAGCCGGGAGCGAGUGCGGAAGCUGCUGCCGGAGAAGGUGAAGAAGAGGAGGAAGCUGACGGCCGAGGACGGGUCGGACGCCGGCUGGGAGGAGUACUACGACUACAUCUUCCCCGAGGACGCUGCCAACCAGCCCAACCUCAAGCUGCUGGCCAUGGCUCGCAUGUGGAAGAAGCAGGUGGAGAGCCAAGUGGAGAUGACCGGCGAGACGUCGCCUUCGUCCGAGACUCAGAAGAGCGACUCACACCCAGAGACUGGAGCAUACGACGACCGGGACGACGACAGCAGCAGCAGCAGCAGCAGCAGCAGCAGCGAGGAGGAGGAGGAGAAGGAGGAGGAGGAGAAGGAGGAGGUGGGAGGAGAGAGGAAUCCAGGAAGCGAUGGAGACUAGAUUUUCUACUGAUGCUCUUUUGUUACUUAAAGUCAUGAAAUCUACUCCAGACGUUGUUUUUCUUUGGGGACAUCAGGAGCAGAGAGGGAGAGCUGAGAGAAGCAUCUGAAAGUCUCAUGUUUUAUUACCAAUUGACAGGAAG